AUGUUUCGAACUAAGACAACUGUCCCGGAAGAGGUGUUCGUAUUUAGAGAGGUUUUGGUAAGGAGUUGUUGAUAAAAAUUAUAUAACCAAAAACUCAUCUAGUGGGAGGCAAAUUUUGCAAGUGCCUGGUCAAGGAAUUAUACCAGGGACCACUGAGAAAUAAAUCCAGCUAGCGCUCAGCUCGUUGUUGGACUGACUUUAGUAUCGAGUAUAUUCAAUUUAUUUUAACUUCCACGGAGCUAACUGCUGUUUGUGUAUGUCUGUCCAGCCGGCAAUAUGAAAGAUUCACGUGAUAUGGUCUGUCGGAUUUCAGCAGGCAUAAUUUUGAGCAUUUUUUGGAAUUAGAGUGACUACGGUGGCAACGUUUUACACUUUAAAGAGUGUUGUCAAUCAUAUCUUGUACCACUCGAAAGUGAAGUGUUUGUAGCCAUGGAAAUACACUAAGGAGCUGUCCACACUUGGUACUCGGGAACCAGUGCCUGGGUACAGGUACAAAAUGCUGUUGUGUUCACACCUUGAGUAACCGAUAUGUGAAGUCCUGUGUUCAUAGGUAUCCCAUUUCGCCCUGCCAAACACCAUUUUGAAACAUGAGCUUAGCAACGAAUACAAAGAAGUGGAAUGCCGAAGAACUAACAAAAACGAUGUGCUAACAGGGACUCAGUGCCCACUUUUUUGCUCGAGUACACUGAAGGUCUCGAACGUGCCCGAAUUCUAGGGUGGGUGAGGGUGAGUUCACGUUAGUGCCCAGUGAGUACCGCACUCGGCCGCGGGUACCGUGCCCUAGCACCAAGUUUGAACGCUGCAUAACAUGCAGUGGCCUUCUGUUGCAAAAGGUACUAUGCCACUCCCACAAAUCCAAGUUUAUUUGAUACUGUUUGAUAUUAAGGAAGGGAGGGAAUGAAUUGACUGAAACAUGGAAAAUUCGCGCAGUCUUGUCUCCGUUUGACCGCAGUGUUAUUCGUUAUAGUCACGGUUCAGGUCCCUUUUCCUCUCCGUCUGAUAGUUGAAUGGUGUUGAAUCUCACGCAAAGUUUUCAGUAAUGUUUAUUAUGUACGUACUUCAAGUCAUGAUAGAUGUUCACACCUUUUCAUGGAAAACCAAUGAGGUGCGACAUAACCUCUUAGACCUCUUUGCAGCGUAAUAAAAUAAAGAAACAAAGAGAUUAGAUCAAGCUUAAAUUUGUCUCUUACAAAAGUUUAAACCACAUGGAAAAUUGUAAAAAGGUCGCCCUAGAAAGUGGCCGCUUCCACUCACCAGAAGUGGUCGUUUAUUAGAGGUACCAACUAUAACAAGGCUUUGAUUGGAAAAUGUUUUGUGUUAUGGAAAGGUUAUCGCUUUGAGACGUGGUCACUUACAAGGGAUGAUCGCACAAGAAGGUUUGACUGUAGAUGGAUUUACAAUCGAGGGAAAAGAAAGAAUUUCCCAUAGAAAAAGAGAUAUUAGAGUGAGUUUCGUAUUCCUAAGACUGUCCAUUAAAAUUCUCAAGGUCAAGUAAAAUUGAUGUUACUCAGAUAUAAAGAACAAUGUCCUCUAGUAGGCAUUUUGAAACAAGAAAAGCAGAUCUGAAAGUCUCUUCCCUCAGUCAAUGUUUCAAAUAAGCGAUUUCUUAACAACAUCUUGGUUGCAGGUUUUUGCCAGCCAGUGCUUCAAACAAGGUGAACGAACAGACGUAGCCCAUCAUAAACACUCAAAUUGUUAUUAAUUACUGUUGUUGUUUGAUUUAGUGCUUGUUAAUGAGUUUCCCCACUUUCCCGAUUUCGGAUCCAACCUGUCCCCCCGGACCAGUGGCCCCCGUAAGGGGGACUCCUAUAUGAAGUAGACGGGGAUGCUCAACGAAAAAGCCAAUCAGGGCGUGGCUCAAGCUUGCCCCUAUAAAAAGGAAACCAUAAAUGCGCCUUUCCCCGAAGCAUUUGUCUCGCGAUCCUCUCUCGCUUCGCGCUUGACUUCCUUCGCAUAAAAAACGCGAAAAAAAGACAAAAUAAAAUAAAUAACGCGUCAGUUUUCCGUAGGCUAUACUCUAACAUAAUAUCAGGGCAUUUGUUUCUGGCAUAGCUUUAUCGGCUUUCCGACAUAAACGCUCUAAGAAAAAACAAACUCUGUAAUUUCUACUCCUAUACGAGACGACGAGCAUCCCCGUAAAUUUCAAAUAUAGUAGUCCACCCCGGCCGCAGAUGGGGCCUACGUUUGCUUUAUAAGGGGAAGGCCUCCUCGGUGUGAUACCAGUCAGUCAGCUCACAGGUGGCCCAAGCGUAAUAUGGGCCACCUGUGGCGUAAUAUGAGAGUUUGUAUGGGAAAUAUAGAGUUUGAAACUUAGAUGAAAUAAAUGAAGUAAAAGCGAUAAAAGUUAUCAAUAAAGUGUAAAUAUUGUUACUUGGAGUCGUUGUCUUUGUUUUCACGAAGUUUCAGCGCGAUUUGAGUACUUUUACAUCAUCUGACCUGACUGUGUAAUAAUAAGAGAGCUUUAUUGAUAACUUUUAUCGCUUUUACUUCAUUUAUUUCAUCUAAGUUUCAAACUCUGAUUUUCCCAUACAAACUCUCAUAUUACGCCACUGGUGUCCCAUAUUACGCUUGGGCCACCUGUGGUCAGCCAUGCGUGCAAACGAGUUAUCACUUUUGCUUUUAACAGAUCGCAGAAAAGUCUAAAGAAUCAUCGGUAAGCCCCGCAACAGAGCUACAGAACGAUGCGAAGAGUAGUAAGAUAAAAAUAGGUGAAGUAUCACCGGUGCAAGAGGAUGAUGUACGUGAUAUCCUGGAAACUCCUCCCCAACAACAGCAACGCAAAGCUAAAUCGACUAUGGUCAAGAUGGCUCUUUUGGCACCGCUAUGCCUUAUCAAUCUCAUAGUGUUUGGGGCUUUCUCAGUGCUAUCGCCCUUCUUUUCUAAAGAGGUACAUAAAAGAGCUUGUAAGUUUUACGUACCGCGGUUUGUGUGAAAAAUCGUUUUUGAUCUCCCUUGAAUUGAUUGGCAUCAAAGGUGUGAUAGUUGGGCUGAACCACCUAGACUUCAUAACAGAGGUCCUCGAAUGUGCUGGUGACAAUCUGCUACUGCGCACACCAAGGUCCAAACCUUUGAAGAGGGUCAGAAAAAAAUUCAAUUUUUUUUUAAAAAGAAUUUUUUUUGGAAUUUGGUUGAAAAUUAAAAACAAAAUCUCCGAAUUCCCUUUCUCACACAUAUAUAACUUGCACAGUUCAGAAUAAGUAAUUUUUCACCACAAACACUGGUUUAACCCUAAAUACUGGUUACGGUAAAAACAACAACAGUUAACAAUUAAAUAACGAACCUAUUUCCCAUGCAGUAAUAUAAGGUGAAGCCAAAUUUUGACUCUACUGAACACUAUUAUUUUAGGCGCAGCGCAGAGGAGCAACGGGUUCUGUGGUUGGAUUUAUUUUUGGAAGUUAUCCACUUGUGAUUGUCCUUUCUUCACCAAUUUUUGGACGCCUGGUAAGUAACGAUCAACCCAGUGGGAUCACUGUUUCCCUGUUUUACUGUGUAUGUAACCAGUCUAAUUCAAAACUGCACCUGAAUUUAUAUACUCCAUAAGUGGCUUUUAAUGGACAAGGUGGAGGAUCUGCCCCACUGUUAACCCGAAUUCCGAAAUCUGAUAAAUCUGGAAUCCUGAAAUCUGCAAUCCACCUCAAGGAAUCCGGAAUCCCGCUAAAGAUUGAAAUCCGGAGUCCAAGUUCCACUGACAAGCAUUCCGGAAUCCUGUACAUGGAAUCCAGAAUCUACACUGUGUCUCGGAUUACUUUAUAUGGGGUAGAGGCAGAAGGAUGCUUAAACAGGAUUUCUUCACAAAUAGGUUGCUCUCCUUAGGUACAACUUGUAAAGGUUGCACUUGAUGCUGGUCUAAAACGCUUUUUGAGCGGCCGAUUAGAUGGUGAAUUUCAGCCCGGAAGCAAUGUUUAAAAUUGGGCGGAAAAAUUUGCAGGAAAAUUUUCCACAUCCAAAACUAAAGCAGUACACACGCCCAAGUUCAUAUUUUGCGCGGUCUGAAGUUUGAAUUUGAUUGCAUGGAGUUUCUUUUGUCCAUUUGACCGGGCUGAAUUUUGGGCGACCGCUUCUACCUGCGAGCUGCAGACGUAUUUCCGGUCGUCGCUUCUCUAAAGCCGAAAAAACCGGAUGCUCUCGCAGGCUACUUCUACUCAGGUUUCAUGUGUUAUUAUUAAUCCACCCUUGUCACCAAAGGAUGGGGUGUUUAUGAUACCUAAGUGUGUUGGAUUUAUCAUAGUUGGACACGCGCGAUGGGAAACACGUGCAGAAUGGGCGUCGAGCGUGUCUGGCGCUCCUCCGGCUCGUUUCGCGCUUCCAUUCGCUCGCCUGAAAAACGCGAAAAAGUAACACCUGUUAUGCAGGCUACCUGUGCUAGUCUCAAAUGCCUGUUAAUGCCUGCUAAAUAGAGCCAAGAGAAAAUGGAGCUUGAAAAGUCGGAAACGAUAACAUUCGUCAUCUGAGGUCUUUAUUGUAUUAACAAUGAUCAUAUUUAUAGUUUCAAAACACACAAAGCGCAGUAUUUCUUGAAUAACACUGACAAAGAAUCAUGGAAAUGUGGGUGUGUUGACACUCAACGUUUACCAUCUUUUUUUGUCCGACACAUAAAUAUAUCCAUUAUGAUUUGAACACUCACUACACAAAACGGCGUAAACAAGGCCUAUGCCCAAGCUCCUAUCAAGUGCUUAACACAGUAAGAGGUUAACCGGCAUAGUUAGAUUUAUAUAUACCGCUUUCUUUCUUUCAGGUGGCCAAAUGUGGUCCUCGUCGUGUUCUUGUAGCCGGUAUUAUUGUUGGUAGCUCGUCUCUGAGCUUAUUUGGGUAAGUUACUAUAACCGAAAUUUAUGGUUACAGUAGCGAGAUAGAAAGUGCCAGGGAAUCUGCGCCAGAUGAAAUAACUGUUUUCUGAAGUUUCUGAAAAUGAGAUUUCAUUUCAUUUCAUUUUAUUUGUUUCUCCGAACCUUAGCAGAUGAUAAUACAGAAUAAGAUAUAAGGUGAAAAAGUAAGUAACAAAUAAAAUUUACAAGGAAAGAAAACGGAUACAAUACAAAAUUACAGCACUUAAAUGAAAUCACAUUGUAUAUAGGAAGGAGAGGAGAAGGGCACGUGCAGAUAAACUGUGAUUGUGUCCCUUAAAGUUAUGUAUAACUUAGUUCUUAAGUUGUUUGUUAAAAAAUAAGUCAAAAAAACAGAAAAAAUAGAAAAAUCAAAUGAAGUCUGGCAGAGCUAGAAAGAAUGCGGCCAUUAUGCCCGAUGGCUGCUGACCAUAAGAUGGGAUUAAAACAUAAACGUUAACUUUAGGCUCGGGGGACUUAAAAAAAAGGGACACAAACUUUUUAAGGUGGGAGGGGAAGCGUAAAAUUCGUGAAAUAUUAAUAAAAGAAGUAGGAAAAAACGGUGAAAAAAGAGAGCAAAGCCUUGCCAGGGAAUCGAACCGCGCGUCCCGACUUAAAACUAAAAAGCUAAAAAAAAAUGUACAAUAGAACUAUUUACAAGUAAAAAGUAGGAAGACACGCAUAUGAUCUUAGCUAAGGAAGAAUUAAGAAAGACAAAUCUUGAUUGUGCCAUGGGAUGGUAUAUGACUGGAGCGUUUUAAUACUACCACAAACAUUUUUUUAAAUUAGCACGCGCAAUAAUAUUGUGUUUCUCACAGACUGGGUGGUUUGACGUCUGAUGCAGUGACAUUCGUGUUAGUAAGUCUAAGCCUCAGAAUUGUGUCCGCUAUCGCAGCAGCGGCACUUCUAACGGCCAAAUUUGCCAUAGCAAUGGAAGAGUAUUCCGGCGAAGAAUUGUCAACUGUUGCGGUAUGCAUUAACGUUUUAUUACUUAUUCGUUUUUUAAGCUCAGAAUAUCCUCAAGCUUAAAUUUUAUCCCUUUAUGAGCUCAUUAAGGUGAACACCGUAAGAUCCAGUCGCCUCGGGGUAGUCUAUGAGCAAAAGAUGAGGGGUGGGGCCCGCUUUCUUUCUCGACACACGUUCGUUCGUUGUUGAAGGAGUGAAGAGAAACUGCUGAAAUUAACGAAUAAAGAAGCCUUGAAUGUGCUCUGUUCUGUUGUAAAAUGUGCAGGGAGCGGCUAGAGCACGAAACAAGUGUGGGGGGGGGGGGGGAAACGAGACGUCGUCGAGUGUUUCUCCUUACUUCUUGAGCGCUCUAUCCUCUUCUUUAAGUGCAUUACAACAGAAACAGAGCACAGUCCCGGCUUCUUUAUUUGUUUUAUGAUAAAGAAUUCGUUAAAUUCCCCACAACUUUCUUUCUAAUAUUCAAAACAAACUUGCUUUAGCUCCGUAUUGUAUGCUGUCAUAAAGCACGCUUAUUCAACCAAUUAGAGUUCGCGUUAUAUCUGAACUUUACAAUAACGUAUAAUAAAAAUCCUCUUUCCCCGCUGCCUUAUGCAUGUUCUCGCGCAUAGAGAUUUGAUUAAAGCUGUCUUUGGCAUUUAUGGGAGGAAAUGAUAAGUCUCUUGGCGACAGCUCUUAAACUUUGGUUGAUUCUACCGCAAUAAAAUGCUUAUGAGUACUACUGAAAGUCUUAGAGUCAGCUUUAAAAAUUCCAAAAUAGCACAUAUUACAAUUUCUCACAUUCUAAAACAGGGCAUAAUGGAAAGUUUUACUGGUGCUGGCACUGCUAUCGGCCCCGCAAUUGGAGGAUUUCUUCGGCCGGUAGGUUUAUCUGAUGAAUUGUACUUGAUUUACGAGUUUGAUACAGUAACAGUGUCGUAACAGUAGGUCUCGGAGUUUACUACAAAGUUAAAAAAAUCAGCAAAACCCCUGAAUGAGAUGUACCGUAUUUAUUCGAUUAACCACCCUGAGCGCUUAUUAAUUUUUUUGACCUUGAGAGUGGGCGCUUAUUCAAGGUUGGCACUUAUUCGAGGCUGGGCGCUCAUUAAAUUUCAUCGUUUUCAGCAAUAGUGUAGUAUGUUUAUUUUGCAGCAAAAGACAAUAAUUGGUAAGAACAAAACGCCAAGAUGUAAAUGAUCAAUACUCUGAAGAAAACCUCGUCUUCGGGGAAGUCUUAUAAGUACUUAUUCAUUUUUGGGGGUGGGAGGGGGAAGCCGGGUGGGUUUUGGUUGUGGGCGCUUAUUUGAGGUUGAGUGGAAGGGGGAGGGGUUGGGCGACUAUUAACUCUUUCUGCCUCUAGUAUGGGCGCUUAAUAGAGGUGGGCGCUAAUUCGAGGUUGGGCGCUUAUUCGAAUAAAUACGGUACAUGUACGUUUACUACAACACUUUCGGGUUUAGGUCUGAUGAUCUUUGCGAAAAGCAGUGGGGGUUCGUUCAAUACGUCCUUUUAAAGUGAUUGGGAAGGAUGAAGGAUAUAUGAUUGAAACGCUUAACUUCACGUUUCUACUACGUAAUCUGAACUGAGGCAAGUUGUAAGCACAGCCAGCAUAGGCUGAAAAGUUUUUAAAGGAACUUGGUGGGUGGUCCUCCCAAUACUGAAGAGGCCACGACCUCCCAUCAUGGUCGAAGCUGUUUUUGUUUAACGUUCGUCUCCGGGUCUCCUAUUAACUGAGCUAGCUCGGUGUGGAUAGAAUAGGUUGCUUUUACUGAGCAGUAUUUCCAAUUUAUUUUCAUUUUACCUUUCUUUAGUCUUCCCACGUACUGUCAUAGUAUAAAAAAUUGCUACGCCCUUGGCAAUUGUGAUUUAAAUCAGACCUAGGGCUUAAAGUGUGGGGAGGAGUUGAUUUCAUUCUAUCCAUAACUAUAACAAUAUUCUGUGUGAUUGGCUAUCAGCUACCCUGAUAUUAGUAUUAAUAUUACAGUACGCUAUGCCUAAGUACUUAGAUAGUGCGCGAAUCGCGCGCCCACUUGAAUGGGUUUUUUCUUCACUCCUAGCAAAAAUCUCUCGAAAUAUCUCGAGUUUUAAAGUUAAAAAAGCUGGAAAUAUCACAAAUUGCGUUUUAGUUAUGAUUAAUUGGCAACAGAAAUCCGUGUCGUCCAAUUCGGUCUGUAAUCAUUCUCGUGAUUAAACAAAUCGAACUCCUGGAACCUGGUCGCCCGAUUUACUAACUCACUUGUAUGAUCGCAGACCGAAGUGGAAUCCACUCAGUCCUAUUACCAUUAUUAAUCAGUUUGUUAUGUCUGUUUAAUCAGAUUGGUGGUUACAAGCUUCCAUUCAUUGCCAUGGGAUGUCUGAUGUUGUGUACUCUGCCACUUUUCCUCUUAACUUUUCAUUUGAUAGGAACAAAGAACCAAGGUUUGAAAAAAUGUGUUGAAUUCUUUGUUACCAGAGAUAAGCCUUUGUAGCUGUGAUUAUUAGAGCUUUGGGGGUUGUAAGCUACGAUUUGAGGCGGUAGCUGGAUCGGGUAUGCGUUAAAUGUCCAUGUUUACGUAUUACAGAAAGGAGCCCCUUAUAGCAAUUGCACACACUCUGAGAAGGGCUCUGAGGUUGCGGGUAACCAGCGAGCAAACUCCUCUAUUUUUCUCCCCGCCCUAGAACCCUAUAGAGCCCCCUUCCUUCGGACCCCACCACCCCCCCCCCCCCCCUCCCUCGGAAAGCCAAUUAAUUGAUUAAUUAAUAUCAAGAACUAAUACUGCCAAUGCGUACACCAAGAGUGACCUAAGUCGAUAAUAAUAAUAAUAACAAUAAUAUUGUAAAUGAUGAUGAUGACUAUGAUGGUAAUGAAGUAAGGUUUAGUUUAACUUAAUUUAUUUCUUAAUUGCCAACGAGCAACCUCGGGAAGACGCGAGGCUGCGAUGCAGCAGCAUAAUAAAGCCGUGCGCAAAAGUUCCAAGGCAGAAUGAAUAACAUAAGGUAGUGUAAGGUAACUUUUGUGACGCAAUAAAUUACGGUAAUUCAUGAGCUUUCUUAACAAACUGAACAGCGCGCGCUAACAGGUAAAAUCCUUACUCGUUGGCACUUAGGGAUAGCUAUAGCUAGUAUAGUAGUUGCUAGCCCUCGAAACAAUAUCUUCAAACAACCGUGGUGUUAUGCAGCCUGUGUCUCAUGUCGCCCCAUAACACAUGAAGAUGAUUUACAAGUAAACACCAGGGAAAUGUAUGUUAACUAUUGGGCAAAGAAGAACAAUUAUACAACAGAGUAUCAAGAUUUUUCUCUGUAAAAGGCGAAGCGCACUUUGAUUGCUUGAUCUAGCCGUUUAACAACUGAAAGACCUACUUUAUUGAAAUUCGCCACGGUGUGUCAACACGGUGACAGUUAAUAAAACAGGACUAACGUCCAAAUUGCUGUCAACCCCUUCAUUACCUACCCUGCCCAUGGAAGGUUGUACUACACCACCGGGAUCUACGCCUCCUACUCUUUUCGAACAGCAGUGUGGGUUCUUUUAUAUCCCACAAGAAUCAGAACAGUAAAAGAGCUGUUAGACGGGACCUAUGGUUUUCCGUCCUUAUCCGAGAAGACUUGAAUGUCUAACCAUUUGCAUGUAGAUAAAACAACUGGCAAAAGAAAGAAAAAAAAAAAGAAAGAAAGAGAAAGAACAGUUGAACAAACUAAAACAAAUACUGACUGUCUAAAUUUCCCACUUUUUUUCCAUUCAUAUUCUGGUGAUUUAGGGUUUUUUUUAAUUAAUCAAAUUAGUUUUCUUGUUUGUAGCUAUUGCUUGAUGUUUGAGAAGAGAGGACAAAUAAAAAUAAGAUAUUUUUGUUUUAUAUUUUUUAAAUGUAGAAAAGAAAAAACUUUCUGAAGAAGAAUCAGUAUCCACAUGGCAACUCCUCAAGAUACCAGAAGUUUUCAUUGUAGGUAUGUUCCCCAUUUUCAUGAACUUUGGAACAGUCUGCAGCCAUGUAAGAUAAUAACAGAUAAUACAAUAACUUAUAAACUUAUCCUGAGUCUCAGUGUUAGAAACAAAAGGAUAUAAGAAAGAUAAAAAGAAAGUAACUUGUUGUAGGUAUGCUUCUCUGUCAUAAACUUGGACCAGUCUGAAUCUAUACAAGAUAAUAACUAAAAUAAUAACUGUUAAACUUAUCUAGAGUCUCAGUGCUUCAAAUACAUCGAUAUAAGAACGAUAUAAGAGAGAAUUUUUGUAAUGUACUAACGAAAACCUACAAUCGAAAAGAUCUUUAACGAAGAAAUAUUAUUAUUUUAAACCCAUCUCCCUAAAACGGUCCAAACUGGGUCUGACCAGUAUUUGUUUUAGACAACUGUCCCGGCGCCUUAUGAGUUUUAGGGAGGUGUCCGUUUUACCGAUAAUCAAAGAAAAUGACUGAAGAACUGCAGGGAACAACUCUAGGUGCCCUUUAAAGCGCCGCGUCUGUCCUUUAUAGCGAUGUGUAACUCGCUAAAGGGAUUUGGGGCUUCUACCAUUAAUAGUCAGUUUUGGUUCCGUCUCUGGACGGAGCUACCAUAAUAGUUCUUGGUUCGGCAUACUGCCUCUUAAAUGUAAUAAGAGUAAAUAGCUUUAAACGACAUAACGAUUAUUCUAAAAGUUAUUAUGCAUUUUGCCGCCAUAAUUCGCAAAGGCAAAAAAUGGUUGUGAUGCAUUCUCUCUGGUUGUGAUGUGGUUAAGACACAGAAAACAACAUUACAUUUCAUGCCUCUCAUGAACAUUAGGUUUUAGUAGGUUUUAUGCAGUUUAUUACGAUUUAAGUAGUCUAGGUAAUUUUUUUAUUUUAGUGUUGACAUAAUUGUUUUACUCUUUUUGGUAGGUUCAUGCACUUUUUGCAUGUAUACUUUAUGCAGUCUUAGUAUUUUCUUUUAAAUAUUUUUAUUUUUAAGCGCUGAUGAAAAUAGCAAUAUUGAUAUCGGCGCUAUAUAAGUACUAUUAUUAUUAUUAUUAUUAUUAUUAUUAUUAUUAUUAUCAUUAUUAUCAUUAUUAUUAUUAUUAUUAUUAUUAUUAUUAUUAUUAUUAUUAUUAUCAUCUCUUUAAUCACAGUCUUUGCUGGUGUUCUUUUUGUGCAUCAGCCGGGCGCAAACCAUGCACCUAGAGCGUCAGUCACUCAAGUCAAUCAUUCUGUUCAUACACUGAGCACGUUUCUGAGGAUUCGGGCAGAUCUUAGCAUGCAGAUCUUUUGAAUCUCUGUCAUAGUAGCUCUCUCUGAUACUGUCUUGAUGUUUUCUACCAUACCCUCAUUGUACCAAGCGCACCAACAACCACAGGGAUCACUACGGUUUUAAUAUGCCACAUUCUCUGUAUUUCUAGUUCUAGGUCUUUGUACUUGCUUUUUAUUAUUAUUAUUAUUAAUAUUAUUAUUAUUAUUAUUAUUAUUAUUAUUAUUGCCUUAAAUAGCGGUGGUGUUUGCGGCUUCAACUAACUAUAAUAAGCACACCAGCUAUAAGAGUUACAAAAUUAUAUCUAGGGUGUUUGAGAGGUAGAACCCCCCCCCCCCCCCAAUAUAUUGCUACCAUUACAGUAUAUCAGUAACUAUAUUGGAAAAAUCAUCCAGACGCGACGAGGUCAGUGCACAUGAAGUAAGUAUUCCAUGUCUAAGGACACUAUUUUGCAAAGAAUAUGAUCACGACUCAAAAACAAAAUAAAAUACCACUGCAACAUUUCUCAAAAUUGUGUCUCAAAAUGCACCGGAUUGCAUCUCAGCGCAUAUUCAUUACAAAACAUUUCCGGUCGGGGGGGGAGGGGGGUGGGGCAUGCCCCCGAAUCCCGCUAGGAAGCUUGUGGUCUUCGGCCACGCGGGACGUCUCCGCCGAACGAUAAAUCCUUGAUAGUACCCUGAGCUUUGAGGUGAUAAGGCUUUUAAUUCGGAAUUAUUUUGUCUCAUCACUGGCAGCUAUGUGUUAUUCUACGGCUGGUACUACUUAUAGCUUCUUUGAUCCAGUUUUGGGACCUCACCUACAGUCGGUAAGAUUUUUUAAUAAUAAUAAUAAUAACACUCAGUAAUAAUAAUACAACAACGGUUUAUUAGCAUUUCAUUAAAAUGGUUCGUCUAUGCUACAGUACUAACUAUUGACACUAACUACAACUAUGAAAAAAAAGUAGAACUCUAAUUUUCAUAAAUACAUACUGUAAAAAAGGGGGUCACACACUAACCUUGCUAAGGGCUACGCAAACCAAAUUGAAGAUGAAAUUCACUUUCUCUUCCACUCUUAAAAUAUUUAACACCUAGAUAUGAUUCUUUUCAUCAAAUAAAAAGAUAUUUUGCAAACUUUAAGCAAAUUAUCACUUUAGAAUGAUGACACUUAAUUUUUUACUAGAAAUGUACUUUUUUUAGUCCCUAUCCUUUUUACAAUACUAUAAUUAUUUAUAGUCAUGAAAAUAAAGGUUUUGUUGUUGUUGUAAUGUUUUUAAAACAAAUUUGGAAAAAAAAGUUUAAAAGUUCUUUUUCUCUCGCCACCUUUCUCUAUUAAAAAGUAGAAAAAGGCUUUUAUAGUCACUUUUCUUAAACUGAGCUACAGGGCUACAUUUUAUGCAUUGGUGUCUUAAAACCAAUAUCACUUAUACGACUCACCCCUAGUUAAGGAUAUGCUGAUGUCAAUUAAAUUGUUUAGGCACACUGCUGGUCGAUGAUACCACUUUCGUAACGUCUCCGAUACCGAAAUCAAGUUUAGUAUCAAUUUAAAAGUGAUGUCUGUUUUUGUACCUUAAAAAAGUGACAUUGUUGAUUUCUCCUGGCAAUAGACUUCGUAUGGCGCCAAUGAACACCUGCCAGUAGAUGGAAAGAUUUUCUCCAUUUUCAAGAUGUUUCAACUAAACUCUUUACUAAACCCGAGCAAGCCCACUGAUUAUCCUCCCUGUCAUCCUUAACCUCAUGCUCGGCUAUCAUUAUUUUUUCUUUUAUAGAUUUCUUAAUUUAUAACGGCAACCGAACAGAGAGGAGUACAAUAUAUUUGGUCUGAAAUCAUUUGCGUGAUUUUAAAACAGGACGAGCGCGCAGUGCGAGUACGAUUUGAAAUCAUAAGUAUGAUUUCAGAUCGAAAUUGCACGACACGACGUUCAAUUACCACUUUAUUACAGUAAUUUUAAAAUCUUAAAAUUCAAUGAGUACCAAUGCCGGGUUGUUGAAAAAUGGAAACAAAAAGCCUGUUACAUAGAUCAUUUUAUAUUUGAAACAGAAACGAUGCUAUAUAGAGCAAAAAUGGUACGAUGUAGAACAGAAAUGAAGUGAUUUAGAGCAUGAAUGGUGCGAUUUUGAACAGAUGUGAUUUAGAGCAAAAAAUAGUGGGAUUCGUGAAAAAAUCACGCUGCUGAGACCCAAUCAUAUUGUAGGGAUCACCACUGAUUUCAAAAGAGAUUUCAUAAAGUGUGAAAGCUCUUUUCAAACCGAAAAGAAGCUCGUCGUGAUCAGGGAAAAUAAUAAAAAGCUCAGCGUUUAUCAUUUCUAACGAGACGCCGAACGCUCGAAUUAAAAAGUAAACAGUAGUACUGCCAACUUUUAGACGAACUCUGUUUAAUGAACCGUACUGUUGCAGUUUUCAGCCGAACAAGAAAAGGGCACCAAAAUGGACUAUAAGAGGUGUCGGAUGGGUGUGGUUGGACAAAUUUACUGGGCCUUGCCCGUUUGGAAUGGAAUGAGAGUAAUUUAUCUUUGGAUUUUCGAUAGCUUGUUUACAGACUUUUUUCGUUUUUCUUCUUUAUUAAGAAUUCGUUUGCCCUUGCGGUCACUGAAUAAAUCCCCCGCGGUUUUUAGUUUCAUACGCGCGUUCGACAAAGUCUAAAGAGAAAAUGGAGGGUCCGUGAACAUGCUACAUUUCCAUCUGUUGCGGAAAUGGGCUUUACCAUUUGAGCCUGUAAGCGUACUUUCCGACCCUUCCUUGUAAAUAGUAAGUGCUCCCUCUUUACGCUGAUAUCUUUGCUCAUGCGUCUGUUACAUGGCAAAUGCAAUUUUUGACGUUUGAGCAUGAUGAAGAGUUUAAUAUUCUGAUGUUCUGUCUUUUAGGCAGUAGGCAUGAGUGUGACAGACGUUGGCGUGGUAUUCUCCUUUUACGCUACAGUCUAUUGUGUUCUUACACCUUUCUUUGGAUGGAUUCUUAAGAAGACCGUAAGAAAACACCACAAUUAUCUUUUAAGUCUGGUUCAUAAGCUGCAAGAGGUCGGUCAUUUUGGUGAUCGAUCUGGAAAGAAAAUGUAUAGAAAACCUAGCCCGCAAUUGCGCAAGCUAUAGAAAACCCUAAAAUCAUUUCGACCAGAUUGCGCUGACAAGUUGCAGAGAGAACCAGCUUUAAUUCGUUUAUGAAGCUACUCUUUAGUCUUAGUUCAAUUCCCUUUUAGCCCAAGAAAAAGGCAUCCUUUCUUGAGGUACAUGUCGGAAUCUCUUUUGAGACAGUUAGAGUUGGUUCCAAGUCGCCCAAGAAAUAAGAUUGGCGGGGACAUAAUCAUUGAAAGGACCACUUAGUUUCGCCAUUAUGGACUCUUAGAAUUUCAAAUAGAUUUAAAGGGCAAAGAUACUUACAAGAAUGUUUAAUAAGAACAUGAUGAUAAUCCAUAUUGUCGCAUUAUUUUACCUUUUUUAGCAUUGUUACCGAUUCAUGAUAACCUGUGGCCUCAUCGCCACCGGGAUCAGUUACUUGCUACUAGGACCUGUUCCAUUCAUGGCCUCGAUAGUGCCCGCAAAGUAAGCAGAAAUUACAGUUUCAAGCCUUGUUCCUUAGUUCGUAGAAAGAGUCUCCUACUCCUGCCCUUAAACGUCAUUUCGGGACUAAAAGUCUCAAAUAAGUAACGAUUUUGAAUCUUUUAUCAAUAUUAGGAAACUUAAGCAGCGACGUUUUUGUGACGUGCGUCAGCGGGAAGUGGACUUUUUGCACUUCUUGGGCCCGGGGGAAGGGGGGGGGGGCGGUACUUGGGUUAAUGUUUGCUGGGUAUGUGCCACUGGCCUCUCAGAGCCCCUACCCCAUCAUAGUCUAUUUUUUGGGCAGCUAUAGACCCAUCUUAUCACUUUUUGGAAAAUGUAAUUUUCGCGAUCCCAACUUAGUCACUUUCUAUUUGUACAUCUACCUUUAUCAAUGUGGUUUCAAGCGGCGGAAUGUACAAUGCGAGCUUAUUGUUAAAUUUAAUAAACAAGAACUUUCUGAUUUUUUAACCGAGAAUCUUCCCAUUUUGAAUCCCUACUCAGCCCAAAAAUUCGAAAAUUUGCGACCCCAUUCUAGAAACUCUAUUGAAAAUGCAACCCCUUUACAGUCAAUCCCGUCGUAAAAAUGCGACCCCAUCCGCCGGCACAUCCCUAUUAGCCUCUUGUAAGGGAGUACCCCCCUCCCCGGGCUCUUGAGCCGUGACUUUGAACAAACUUUUGGGCAAAUCGUCACUAUAAGAGUAAAGAAACAAUACAAAUAUGGUAGCGUUAAGGCAUAUUAAAAGAGAAAAAUGCUCACUUCCGGUUGACAAGUGUCGCUAAAAAAACGUCGCUGCUUAAGUUCCCUUAUAGUCUCUCUAAACCCCAUGCAUAUUCCUGACAUAAUAAUUCAUCUUUUCCAUUUGGUUAAUGGGUAUACAAAUUUACCAUCCAUCUUUUCUUAUCACGAAAAGGCUUUAUUCUGUGCUAACAAGCCAUGUUAUUUCCUUUUACAGUGAGACAUGGUUUGUUUAUUUGAUUAUGGGAGCAAAUGGCGUUUUUCAGGGAGUGUUUUGGGUCACCAUGUUACCAAUUUUAAAAAGAACGAGCACGUAAGUAUUUUGCACAUUAUCCAGUAAAUAUGUACAAGGUCGAAAUCACUUUGUUUUUUCACUGAACAAAUCGAAGUUUCCGAAAUGAAGCUAUGAUAAGAUAACUGUAAUUAGCAGAACUUCUGAAAGUUUCGUUCUACUCGAUUGUACGAUAAAAAACAGCGAUUGGUGAUCUUUCUUUUAAUUGUGUGGCUUUUUAAAGGUUACCCAACCAAGAUUGCUCAUCUGAUUUUGUACCUAUAGUGAUAAAAUUCACAUUGUCUGACUGCAUUUGUUUAUUUACUUGUUGAGUAUUUGUUACUUUAUACACCGAGCCUUCCAAGAAAUACCUCUCUUGUUUUACACCAAGUCUCACUGGAAAUCUCUCUACUGUUUUAGAUUACGUGGGAUUCCCGACAACUUAGCGACAAAUGGCAUUCUAUCGGCAUUGGUUGUCACCAUGACAAAUAUAGGGUGAGUUGUUCGUUGAAACGUCUGUUUAUUUCUUCUGGUUCUGAUUACAGGACACAAGAAGGAAAACUGCUUGUAACCUAACGCCUUUGGAGGAUGAGGAAAAAGUCCGACUGGGGGAAACCAUAGGAUAGUUCGUCUUAAUUCACUCAUUGCUAAGAACGCCACCCUAAACCAAAUAUUGGGGAGGGAUACUAGCUGGAGGGUAGUUUCUUUAGAAAGAGUCUUGCGAGGGAUUUUUUCUCUAGGCUGGAUGUCGAGUAGGUCCGAAAGGUAGGAUGGUCCGAGCUUUAGGUAGCAUAGUCUAAUUGAGCUGGAUUUGGGAGAGGGUAGUCCCGGUCAUAAGUGAGUCCUCUAGCCAAGCAUUGAGCGUUUCUACAGGAAAUUACGAAAUUCGAGUGGGGACAACAGAUUCCAGACUUUUUCGGCAGGCGAACGUCGGUCUUCGGAAUUUGAACAUCAGACCACGUACAUUGAACGUCGAACAUCAGACAGCGGACAACGGACAUCGGAGACUGUCAACAGACACUAACAACGAACGUCGGAGAUCGUCGGGACUUAAUGCGGCAUCAGACUUGGUUCGGACCUCAGAAUUCAAUCCUUGACGCCAUGUUGUAGAACAAGGAAACAACUACCUCGGAGUUAGUGAAACCUUCAUUGAAGUCGUCCUUAACUAAGUUUUUUCUAACAAGACCCCAUCUUUCUGUGUUGCUUAUAUGUAAAUAUGCAAAAGGCAAUUCGAGACGCAAAACAUUCAAAUGAUGAUUAAAGGUACCGCUGCGUUUACUAUGUAAACUUUUAAUUUAACCUAAAUAUGGAUUGAAAAAUUCUUUAACAACAAUUAAACUUGUUUAGUUGGUGUGAAAUACCAUGAUGCUGUGAGGGACUUGGCUUGCUGCCACUGACAGCACUAACAAAGACGUGCCAUACAAAUCUGAGGUGCUGAGACUGAAUUCUAAAGUCAGAGUUUCAAAGUCUGAAGUCUGAAGUCCGAUAUCUAAAGUAUAAAGUCAGAAGUCAGAAGUCCGAAGUCUGAAUUCUGAAGUGUGAAGAUAAAAAUCAGAAGUCAGAAGUCUGAGAAGUGUGAAGUCGGAAAUCCAUUCCCUUUUUUCGUAGGGAACAUAGCAACCAAAACUUUUUAAGUUUGGGUCCAACUCAAUAUUAUUUGUAAAACCUAGUAGGUUUCAUGCACAAAAGAAACUGUCAGAAUGCAAGACUUUUUUUUUUAGGUUAGGGGCAUCAUAGUACCUCACAAUACUUGUUUACUUUGGAAGGUCAACUGUGACAACACAUUUUUCUGAAAUACCGUCUCAGUUGUGCACUGAAUGCUAUCCUUAUAACUAACAAUUUCCUGAUCUCCAAUUACAGAGUCACGAUAGGACCCACUCUGGCGGGAAUAAUGGAUGAGAAAUUAGGAUUUUCUUGGGCCGCAACGGUAAGAUGUGCUUGAGUGACAGGAGUCAAAAGCGGAAAGGUGUCGCAAGGAGAACGAAAACGCGAUGGAAAUUUGUUUUCUCCGUUCCUUUUGUGCUUUUCGUCUUCUCUCCCCUCCCUCCCCCUUUACGCCUGCAAGUCGUACGCUACGAUGAGGUGGAUUUGCAUUAUUGAAUUAAAAAAGUAAGGAGAAGAGUUUGGAGGCAAAUUUCGCGUUGAAAUGAAGGAUAAAGAAGUAUUAUGUCAGAAAGCAGUCCCAAAUCCCGUAGUGAAUUCCUAAAACGAAGUCUCUGCUACAGUGGGGCAUAGUUGUUGCAGCUCCCAUAAUGCCAGAGCGACUAGUUCUCUCACUAAGUUUAGAAAUGUAAUCAAUUGCCAUAAGGAUUACAUCUUACUGGACCACAUCUCGUCUUGGGCUUCGUAAAAAAAAGAGAUCCGGGUACGAGACUAGUCUAUUAAUUUAGAUGGCCUAUUGUGACUAAUGUUUUUACCGUGUCUAUACAAGAGAGCCGAAUAAUUAAACUUGAUUAUCCUCUCUUGGUCCAUGUACUGAGUGUAUGUAUGCAUGUACAAAGGGGGAACGGAGGGUGGGGGCAGGGUAUGGCCAGGGACACAGAUCUCAUAUAGACUGCUAACAUUCCCUCGGGAUUGUCCUGCAGGCGAUUGUUUGUCGUGCGAGCGAGCGAGGCAAAAGCACGCAAGAGAAGGCGGAAAGUGUGCGUUUACCUCAUUAGCUCUUUAGUUAGAAUGCUCGGCCAAGCAACAAUCUGAGGGACUGCUAGCAGUACAGUCAAACUUCUUUAAUACUGACACCAAUAGGGCAGAAUCAAUUGUGCGCUUUACAGAGGUGUCCGUAUUAUAGAGGUAUAGGGAAUGUGCGAUUUUUUGCAUUUCUGGGACCAAACGAACUGUCCGUAAUAGAGAGGUGUCCGUAAGGAGAGGUUAGACUGUAUACAAAUCUCAAAUAUUGCUUUCUUCAUGGAUCUGUGCGUCUUUGCUUGACAAAAUCCUAAUGUGGUGCAUUAGUAAUCUGCUUUAUCAGUUCAUAAAGUAGAUGUAGAUGUAGAUGAAACACUAAGCUUUUCGAGAUGUCAACCUAAACUAACCAUUAAUGUUUACCUCUGUUGUAGAUUGAGGGCCUUAUUUGUAUUUUCCAGGUAUUAUAUACUGUUUAUUGCUGUAAGGCUAUGUAAAUCGAGUCACAAGUCCAGAAGCAAGACCUCGGUCGUCCAAUGCAAAACGCAAGACACAGAUCGUUCCAAACUAUUUAAACAGAAGCAUCACUACCGAAUAUACAAUACUUUUCAACCUGAGCUUUUUUUCCUCAUAGGUCUUAUACAGAUUUUUUUAAACUUAAUUCUACAGUCCACUGCAAGUAUACCGAAAUUUGCCUUUAAAAAGACUGGGUACUUACAAGCAAUUGAACUGCUAUUUUGUUUGGUUUUUAUUUUAGGCCUUUCUGUAUUUCUUGGUUAUUUUGUUUGAAAAAGUCUCGAGAAGGUGAGUCCAUUAUUUUUGUAACAGUCUACAAGAAGAUUUUUGCCUUAAACAGGCGGCAACGGUUAAGAAAAGCCGUCUUGGUAGGGAGUACAGGUUGAUGUAAAGGGAGUUUUUUUCAACGUUACUUGCAUCUGUCUUGAAAUUGUUUGUUAGCGAGCGCCUGCUACUGAAAUGUUAAGGUUGAUUUUUUUAGUUCGUUCUUCAAGCAAACUAGGGUUUGCAUGGUGUAUUUUCGAUGAAAACGCGAGUGACAAGUUCAAACCUCUAGAAUUUCUUUAAUUUUAGGUAAAGUCAUAAGAUGAUGAACUCAGAACUGGUCCCGGUUUUCGAUCAAUCUGAACUCAAGAAGCUUGAGAUCUAGAGAAGCAAUACAAAUAAAUGCGCAUAGGAGAAUAUUAUUAGGAGGAAAGAUGACAGCCUUGCACAAACAUGGAGCAAAAUUCUAGUUUUGAUUCUUCUAUUCACAGUUUUAGUUUCUUCGUAAAUACAUUUGAAUUAAUUUUGUUUCAGAUAUGAAGCUUCUCCAGAAGCAGAUGAAGAAGAUGAGGAAAAAAAGGGUCUGUUGGAACUUGAUUCCGACUAAAUACUCCAAACUGUCUGAAUCCUACCAUGUUCUAUUUAUGGCCGAUGUAGGUGGUCAAUACAAACGUCAAGCCUAGUCAGAUGUCCUCGAAACUUAGCUACUUGGACCUAAAAUAUCGAGGAACAUUUUAAAAGUCACCACGACGUGUAUGUAAUUAAUGACGUUUCCAUGGCAAUCGACGUUAGACAGCCAUGUUUUCUAAAAAUUAUCAUCAGUUUAUCAAAUUUAUGAUUAUGACUAUAUUAAAUGUAAUUAAGGCUUUUCUAGUACUAAUUUAAGAAAAACGAGAAUUUUGUAAUGAUAAAAAUUAAAGGUCUUGAGUUUAGCAACGAUGUUCAUCUCUCACUAAACUUCAUAGCUGCCACACUAUUUCGCUUUUAGAACGUUGUUCUUCAAAACAAAAAUCAAGAAUUUGAUACGGCUAUCAAAUAAUCUAUUCUGCAAAUCAUUUUUACCAAAAUGAGUUUUCGCUAUUUUUUUUAAAUGAGAACAAGAUUUACUACAAGCUGGAAGUAAGGUCUUAUGGACUAAGAAAUAAGCGGCGCUGAUAUGCUAGCAAUAUUCUUUGCAGAAAAAAAUCUUAAUGGUCUUUUCAAUGGCGUUGAGUGCAUUUAAAACACUCUAACGGCAAAACUGCAGAAAAAUGCUGUUAUUUGUUACAGAUGCAUGCCAAGUUACAGUUGCACCUUUCAUUCCGCGCAUGACGUCAUUACUGUUUUUAAGGGAGUAGUCAAUAUUUAUCACUAGGGGGGGUCAGCCUCGUUCCCAGUCGUCCUCGGCGAUUUCGGCUGUGACGACACCUGUCAACACCUGUCAAGCUUGUCGCACUCGGUUCCAAGCCUCCGGAUAGCGCGAACUGGCCUGGUUACGAGGCUGCAGGGGUGUUAGAGGAUUUUGGGCCAAACAAGGUAAAAUAGCGCCGAUCUCCCUUUAAAUAUUGUUUCACUGGGGUGAUCUCCCCUCAUAACUCUUGAUUACUUACGUCAUCCCCCGUAAGUUUUCGCACCAUCCUUGAAAUUUAUAUUUACCUUUAUCAGUAGGCCUGUAUGAGAAACUACGGCUUUUGGGCGGCUAUUUUCUCUAUUGUUCUCCUGUAAUAUUCCAUAAACAGAUGAAGAAUUAAUGAAACCAAUCAGAUGCUAUUUGAUUCGGAUUUUGGGAAGACAGGAACGCAGGCAGUAAAGAGACUUUCCUUAGUUUCUCUAACUUUAAUUGCCUUCAUGUCAUAUUGAAUUUGAUUUCACCUAAAAUAACCAAUCGUAGUAAAGUGCUUGCUUUUCAGGGAUGCAGAAGUUUUGCUGAACAACCUCUACGUCUUAAAAGGUAUUAAAAAACGUAAUGAAAUCUCCUUGAUACGGGCACCAAACGCCAUAGAUCAACUGAAGUGUCCGUAUUGAAGGGAUAGUUAUUGUAUAAAGUUAAAUACUUUUUUGGAUCAGUGUAACUGUGAGUAAAAGAGGUGUCCGUAUUUUAGAGGUAGAGAUUUUCUACAGUUUGGCAUCUUUAGGAACUUAA